GCUUUUGGAGGGAGCUCAUGUCUCUCGUUGUCUUAUUUGCGUAACUUAUAAACAAUAACUUUUAUAUAACGUUUUAAAUGUUUAGCAGGUUUUAUUACCGUUUGUGAAGUGUUAAUAGGAACGUAGUGUGAGUGUGUUAUUGUGAGAUCGUGUGUGGAGGUACAAAUACAGGUUUUGACAAUCAUGUUACCGAGAGAGAGGUAUGUUGUAGUGGUGACGGCGUUGCUCUGUCUCGCGAGGCUCACACACCAAUAUAGCUCAGGUGCACCGCCUGUGGCGUGUCUAGACCAGAUCCCGCGUCACAGCGACAUCCUGCCGCAAACGACGGUGCCUCCGUACGGGCUGUUCCCCUCCACCUCGCAGGUCCGCCAGGGGGACACGCUCAACGUCACCAUCGCCGGCUCCUUCGGCGCGCCUCUGCCCAUCGGCGGGUUCAUACUGCAGGCCAGGGAGAUACAGGACACUGAGAAAAUAGUGGGCAAAUUCACGUCGAUCCCGGACGUCGUGGCGACGAGAAUCAUCAACUGUCGCGGCGAGAACGACACCGUCACUCAUGCCAAUCCUGAAGAGAAACCACCGCUCACCUUCGUGUGGCAGGCGCCGCAGGAUUUCCUGGGAGGCAUAGAGUUUAGAGCAACAGUCGCCCAGGGUUACGCAACCUUCUGGAAGAACAUCGAGUCUCCGCUGGUGGAGGUGGUCAGCCCCGACACCGUCAUCACCACCCGGGCUCCUGCCACUACCACAACCAGGGACACCCCCGCUCCACCGGUGAUCAUGGAGUCUAAGCCUAAAACAACCCCACCGCCGCUCGACACAAUCUACCAAGGCUGUGCAGAUACGAAACUCUGUUUUGGCGUACCCGAGAACUGCGCAACCACUGGCACUUGUAAGGCCAUCGUGGCUGUAUUCGUUGCUGGCGACGAAUACACCUUCGAAAUCCAGGGAUCUGGUAACCCGAAAUACAUCGCCGCUGGGUUAAGUAUGGACAACAAAAUGGGAGAUGACAGCGCCAUGGAAUGCGUCAGGAAUGACAACGGAAGAGUCAGUCUCUUUACCUCCUGGACUUAUGCGAAAGAGGAGCCCUAUGUGCGCAGAUCUGACUCCCCACAAGACAUUGUUCAGCUCCAGGAAUCUUCUAUGAUCGAUGGCAAACUGUACUGUAAAUUCAAGAGGAACAUAGUUUCCGUUGUGAAAGGACAGACCUUCGACUUGGCAAACAACAAGUACAAUUUGAUGGUUGUGUCUGGAGAAUCUAUGAAGGACGAGAACAGGGUCGGGUUCCACUCUCUGGUGUACGAGUCGACGGGGUCCCCCGUGGCGCUGGCGUCGGUGGGCAACGCUGGCGGCGCCUCCAAGCUGCUGCUGAAGCUGCACGGGAGCUUCAUGGUGGCCGCCUGGAUCGGGUCCGCCUCGCUCGGUAUAUUACUCGCCAGGUACUUUAGAAAGACUUGGGUUGGAAAAACCUUAGGUGGCAAGGAUAUUUGGUUCGCUUACCACAGAAUCCUGAUGGUGAUAACCUGGUUGCUGACGAUGGCCGGUUUUGUGGUGAUCCUGAUCGAGGUGGGCGGCUACUCAACCACAGGCGACAACCCGCACGCCAUAACCGGCUUGGUCACCGUCAUAUUGUGCUUCUUACAACCUAUUGGAGCGUUCUUCCGGCCUCACCCCGGCACCAAGACCCGUCCGAUCUUCAACUGGCUGCACUGGCUCGCCGGCAACGCUGCCCACAUACUGGGAAUCGCGACGAUAUUCCUGGCGGUGUACCUGCAGAAGGCGGAGCUGCCGGCCUGGACGGUCUUCCUGCUGGCCGCCUUCGUCGCCUUCCACGUUAUACUGCACCUCAUACUCUCCCUAGCGGGCUGCGUAUCGGAAGGUCGCGUGGCGGGCGCGCGCGUGGACGCGUUCCCGUUGAAGGACAUGCUGCCGCGGUCCGCCGUGUCGCCCAGACCGGAGCACGGGGCUGAUGCGCCGUUCUCGAAGUUCCGAAAACAUCUACUGGGAGUAUACGCGCCAAUAAUAGUGCUGUUCGCGGCGGCGCUAGUGUGCUUAGUAGCUCUAGCACCGAUCGGCGUCACCUACAACUCGCUCAUGGGAUCCUAGUACUACGUUGAAGAAUAGAGAUAUGUCUUAUGCGGAUGUAGUAUUAAAAAUCCACCAAGAAUUUUGUUAAAUAUUUAAGUACUUGUCUAUGAGGCCCUAACAGUCUAAC